ACAGAUUCUAGCUUCCUGCUGCUGCUGUGCACCCUGGGAGGCAGCAGGUGUUGGCUCAGGGAGCUGAGUCCCUGCCACCCACAUGUCCAUUUGGGAGACCCCGAGGGGCUCCUGGCUUCAGCCUGGCCCAGCCCUUGCUUUCAUGGGCAUUUGGGUAGUGAACCAGCCAAUGGAAGAUUUCUCUCUCUCUCCCUCUCUCCCUCUCUCUCUCUCUCUUUCUCUCUCCCCUUCCUCCCCACCCCCUGCCUUUCAAAUGAAAACAAAAAUUUUAAACGGGAGUCAAAACACCUUGAAAUCUGCUGUACCACCAAACACACACACACACGUGCACACACACGUGUACACACACAGAGACACACACAGUGUGGGCACGCCCUUCUCCAUUGCACAGCCACAGCCUCCUCUGCAGGGCACCUGACAUCCCCUGGCUACCCCUCCCCAGAGGGAGGGAACAAUGGGCCACUGUGACCCCUGCAGGGUUCUGGUGGCUUCACAAUGUCCCCCUGAGGUCAUCAGACAGUUAAGCUGACUACCCGUGGUGCCCCCCAGCACAAGUCUGCGGAGGCCAGCUGUGGGCGAUCAUCCUUGGUCCUCCCUCUGGCCAGCCAGGGGAAGGCAAGGGCUGGAGCCCCACAAGGAAGCCUCUGAGGGCAGCAGGAGCUGGGACAUCUCUCACCCACCCACCGAGGAGCAGCCCAGGGGAGACUGCCAGCUGCCACCCUGGAGGUCCUCUCCCCCAGUGAAGCCCAGGAAGAGAUGCAGAAAGACCCUCCUGUGCUGCCUGCAUCGGCGCCCUUGGCCUCAGACGCCAGCCUGGGUGGAAGCCAUCAGGCCAGCACCUCGGGACUCACCAACAACGAGACCGGGCCCCGCAGCUACCCCAAAAUCCACCGGAAGCCCAGCAUGUCCAAAGUGAUCCUGGGGGUUCUGGCCAACAAAGGGAAACGCAGCCGCGUGUCUCAGGCCACGCUGAAGAAGGCGGUGGCUGCCACUGGCUACAACAUGGCCCGCAACACCGGGCGCUUCAAGCUCGCACUCACCAAGCUGGUGGACAAGGGGAUGCUCAAGCAGGUGACCGGCAAGGGUGCCUCGGGCUCCUUCCGCCUGAGCAGAAAGCAAGCCUCCAAGUUCAAGCUCAAGGGCAAGAGACAGCAGCAGCGGCGGAAGUCUGGGCAGCGCCGGUCUAGACAGCCCAAGUCCCUGCUGAGCUCCACAGAGGGUCAAAAACAGCUUAUCAAAGGGGUUCGCAGGGUGGCCAAAUGCAGCCACAAUUAACGAGGCAGGUCAGGCCAGCGAGCAAGGAUGCCCGGCCCGCCUGUAGGCUCAGCGCACAGCGAGAAUA